ACGUGGCAUAAGGCAUGAAUCCUUUCCACGUCCGCCAUUUUGACAUACGGUACUUUUCGAGAGUGUUGGUUUUAUGUUUUAUCGUUUCUCGUGAAAAAAUAAUCUUUUUUACUGAAACGCCAAGUUAAAUAAAUAAUGGAAGUUUGAGCGUGGAACCUUUGACGAUUCGCUGGGGAGUAGGUCGAAGGUGACAGACAACCGGGUGUACGCAGUGGCUUCGCAAACCGCACAAUAUCCCCCGCCUUGUUUGCAUUACUACGAUAUUGGCGUAUUAAGUAGCCAAGAAGUUUUGAAAGUGCAUAAAUCUACAACAAAGCACUCUAAAGAUAUAUAAAUAAGGGUAUCUCUACAUAGCUAAUACCAGCCAUGGGGAAUAUGUUUGCAACAUUAUUCAAAGGCCUCUUUGGCAAAAAAGAAAUGAGAAUUUUGAUGGUAGGCCUCGAUGCAGCUGGUAAAACCACAAUUCUGUACAAAUUAAAAUUAGGGGAAAUUGUUACAACGAUUCCCACUAUAGGGUUCAAUGUAGAAACAGUCGAGUAUAAGAACAUAAGUUUUACUGUAUGGGAUGUAGGUGGCCAAGACAAAAUCAGACCUUUGUGGCGACAUUACUUCCAGAAUACACAAGGACUUAUAUUUGUCGUUGAUAGUAAUGAUAGGGAACGUAUUGGUGAAGCACGCGAGGAGUUGAUGAGAAUGUUAGCAGAGGAUGAGCUUAGAGAUGCGGUACUUUUAAUAUUUGCUAAUAAACAAGAUCUGCCAAAUGCGAUGAAUGCUGCAGAAAUAACUGAUAAAUUGGGUUUGCAUUCUUUACGUAAUCGUAAUUGGUACAUACAAGCAACGUGUGCCACGAGUGGAGAUGGACUUUACGAGGGUCUAGAUUGGCUCUCCAAUCAACUUAAAAAUGCCAACCGCUAAUCGGAACGUUAUUUUGUCAACAUUCAGUUGCUAUAUUAACAUCAUACAACAACAACAACAACAACUACAACAACAACAACAACAAAAAAAACAGCUGCACACCCGUCCCCCCCACGAACGAAUAAUACUUUUAAAAAAAAGAGCAGUAACACUUUGUGCGAAGAGCAAGAUCCUUUGGAUCUUGAGUGGAGGGUGAACAGGUUAUCGUAUGUUGUCACUGUGCCAGAGGAAGUUUUCGGGGGGAGGGGAGUGGGGAAAAUAAAAAAUACGGUCGUGAGCACACAAUCGAACGGCCACACAGGACUAUUGCCUUGAGCAACUUAUUAUUAUAAUUAUUAUUACAUUAGCAUUAUAGUUACACUUUUUACACAGAGAUACCACAAGAAAUGUGGACAAAAACUUGAAGUAAUUGUAUUAAAGUACCUAACUCUGAAACAUACAAUACACAAUUAAUUAAUUAAUUAAUUAAUUAAUAAUAAUAAUUUAAAUGAUAUCUUUGACAAACAAACAAACAAACGAAAAAAAAAAAAGAAAGGAAAAAAAUACCAAUUUAAGAACAAGACAAAUGCGAAAAGUACCCACGGUGUUGUCAGUUUGAAUGCGUUGGACAUACUGAUUAUUCAUAAUGUAGCUGCAUAUUGUACAUUACAUUAUAUAAAUACGAUGAUAAAAUGUGAUCAAUAGAUGGUGAGAGAAUGUUGCUCUGUCCAUUACAUUGCAAAAUGUUACAUUGGCCCAUCAGUUUAAAUAGAAACAGAGAGUAAGAUAACUGACGGUGCAAUGACUUUACUGUUUCUAAUUACAACAAAUUUGUUUCUAUUUUUUUAAGUUUUUUUUUCACUGAAUAGACUUUGAAAGGGGGAAAAAAAGAAAUAAAAAUAAUAAUAAUAAUAAUAAUAAUAAUAAUAAUAAUAAUAAUAAUGAAAUAAUAAAAAGGACACGAAAAAAAAGAAAAAUACAGAAAUGGAACUAUAUAAACUGCAUAUGAUUGUUUCGCUCUAAAUUGUUAGUGUAACAGCAGGUGCAGUAAUUGCACCCUCCUCCACCUGCUUUGAAUUAACAUUAAAUAGCGAGCCGAUCAUAUGAAUCAAAUCUCAGUGUAAAGGAGAUAUCAUUUAUUUAUUGCACCUUGAUAAAGGUAAAAUUAGAGAAAAGGAAAAGAAAAGAGAACAAAAAUUUAAAAAAAAAAAAAAAAAAAAAAAAAAAAAAAAAGUAUAAAAAAUAAAAAAUCGUCGACAUUCCGAAAUUAUUGCAGCAGCGACCGCCGCAGCGGGGAAAAAAAGAAAUUCCGGUUGAAUUAUUCAAGGGAAAAUAAAGAAAGAAAGAAAGAAAGAAAGAAAGAAAUUGAAAAGAAAGGGGGAAAAAAAAAAAAGUAAUAAGAUUACUCUUUAGGAAAAGAAACAAAAGGAAAAAAAACGAGUAAAAUCACGAAACUAAACGAAUGACAGACCUCUCACGUAGUCGAUGAGAGAGGAUAGAUAGGCCUCGCAAAUUCUUAAGCCAGAAAAGAUCAUCCUGGCUGAUUGAUUAUUGGCAAAGUCUGCCUUAAAGUAUCAUCAUUUUGAAGCCGUUUCACGAAUCCUUCUUCUCGACGUCCCUGAUAAUAAUUCUUUUUCUUUUUUUUUUUUUUUUUUUCUUCUUCUCUCCUUAAAAUACAUUGUUUUUAUUAACUAAUCCUCCCCCUAAUUGACAGAAUCGCCUUUUCGUCACAUGCGGAAAUUCGUAUAAUUAUGUAUGAAUGUUUAAACAACUUGUGAAAUAUACUGUAAUUGUGCUUUA